AUGGCGGCAUCUGGAACUCACUUACAUCGAGACUACACCAUUGGCUGGGUUUGCGCCCUGCGCAAGGAGCAAACUGCUGCAACCGCCAUGCUGGACACAAUACACGAUGAUCUGCCAAAUCCGCCCAGCGAUCCUAAUGCAUAUACGCUAGGGUCUGUUGGGAAGCACAAUAUAGUGAUUGCGUGCCUGCCAGAGGGUAGAUACGGUAAUAACGCUGCCACAACCACAGUGACAUGGAUGGUAUCAACUUUUCCCUCUGUCAGAUUUGGCCUGAUGGUUGGAAUUGGCGGCGGCAUCCCAAGCAAUGGCGUCCGACUGGGAGACGUCGUCGUCAGCAAACCUGACAGUUGCUUUCCUGGAGUGAUUCAAUGGGACCGUGGCAAGAUUGAGCGAGGCGGCACAAUUGAGCAUACCGGUUCGCUCAACAACCCUCCCACUGCACUGCUUACAUCCCUUGCAAAAUUGGGAACCAAAAGAGAAUUGGAAGGAUCCAAAAUACCAAUUUAUCUUGCUGCCAUGGGAGAAAAGUGGCCGAACUUGGCCGCAAAGUAUACUCGAUUGGAAUCCUUACGCGAUGUAUUAUUUGCAGACGACUGUCCUCACGUGGAAGGCCCUCCUAUAGAAGAUUCAACCAAAGGGGCUCAUAUUGACGAUCCUGAAACAGAGGGAGAUGAAGAUGAGGAUACCAGAGACUGCAGAUUUUGCGACAUUACCCAAGCACGAAAGAGAAAACUAAGGGCUACACGUAUCCAUUAUGGGCUCAUCGCAUCUGGCAACAUGGUCGUCAAGGAUGCUCAGUUCCGGAACUGGCUAAAUGAGAAGUUCAGCAGCAAGAUUCUCUGUGUCGAAAUGGAGGCUGCAGGGUUAAUGAACGACUUUCCCUGCCUUGUGAUAAGAGGCAUUUGUGAUUAUGCGGAUUCACAUAAAAACAAAGCUUGGCAAGAAUAUGCUGCUGCCGUUGCUGCGGCUUUUGCAAAAGAGCUUCUGAUGGUGGUCCCAGCACAUGCUGUGGAGCAAAUGGAUAAUAUUGCAUCGAAUGUAUCAGGCAUCAGAAGCGACUUAACACUUGCAGUAGAGUGCCUUGUGGAAUCCAGGGCCCACAGAAAUGACCAGAACGAUGUCAAAACUCUUGAAUGGCUCAGCUCCCUUGAUUAUGGAGCUGAACAUUCCGAUACUUUGAAACGAUGGCAGCCUGGGACUGGCCAAUGGUUUCUAAAUUCUGCUGAGUUCAGAGAGUUUAUAGAAACAAAAAAACAGAUGAUCUUCUGUUCCGGUAUACCUGGGUCAGGUAAAACUGUCAUGGCCGCAGCAGUGAUCGACUAUUUGCACAAACAAUUUAACAAGAACUCGAGAGUCGGUAUCGCUUAUUUUUAUUUUAAUUUCAAGAAAUCCGACGAGCAAACCCCCGAGGCCGUCUUUUCGUCUCUGCUAAAGCAAUUAGUUCGGCAGCAGCCUUAUCUCUCCGAAAAUGUGAAAUUGCUUUAUGAGACACAUACGAAAAACGAAACGCGUCCAUCGCUGAUGGAGAUUCUCCAGGCUUUUCAGGAGGCUGUUGAAACAUACUUGGCAGUCUUUAUCGUUAUUGAUGCAAUCGACGAGUGUGCGACGUUAGAUGACUCACCCAACCUGAAACUUUUUACAACGUCGAGACAUAUUCCUGAAAUAUCCGACAGAUUCCAAUCUGCUCUACACUUAGAAGUUGGAGCGACUGAAUCGGACAUUCGCAGAUAUAUAGAUAGCCGCCUGGCCAAGUUACCGCGAACAUCAUUUAUCAGCCAAAACAAGAGUUUACAGGAGGAGAUUAAAAUAAGAAUUAACGCUGUCGUCAGCAAAAUGUUUCUAUUAGCACAACUUCAUUUUGACAGGUUGACGGAGUGCAUGACGCCAAAGGCGGUUAUGAAAGCUCUAAAGAGUCUUCCUACUGGCUCCGACGCAUAUGAUUAUGCAUACAGUGCCGCCAUGGAUCGCAUUAACCAGCAAGUCUCAGGUCGAAGCGAAUUGGCUAUAAAAGCUCUCUCUUGGAUCACGCACGCAAGGAGGCCACUUUCCGUCUUCGAGCUCCAGCAUGCCCUUGGCGUAGAGGUUGGAGAGAAUAAAUUUGACGAAGAAAAUGUUCCCCAGGUAGAAGACAUUGUGUCAACUGCUGUUGGGCUGGUGACUAUUGACGAGAAGAGCAAGAUUAUUCGACUGGUGCAUUACACAGCGCAAGAGUUCUUCGAACGGACCAAAGAAAAAUGGCUUCCGGAUGCAGAGACCUAUAUUGCUGAUAUUUGCAGCACUUACCUCUCAUAUUCCACUUUCGAUAAGCCAUGCGAGCCGUACCAGUGCAAAUUUCGAGGAAGGGUGAAAUCAUAUAAACUAUAUAUGUAUGCCCUCGUGAAUUGGCGGCACCAUGUUACAGCCUCAAAGUUCAGCCGGAAUCAAGUCAACUUUCUCAAAAAUACAUCCAGCUUUUACGCAUAUCUUCAGGACUAUCAGUCACACGUGGCAAGACAUCUACCAUGGCCAUUUCGUGAUUUUAAAUAUAGUACCAAUCUUCAUUUUGCCGCAGCGCUAGGGUGGAAUAAGAUCGUUACACAUUUGCUCAGAGACUUCGCCGAUGCAGACGUACGGGACGACUACAACUGUACACCUUUCUAUAUGGCUGCUAGUGGUGGCCAUUCUUUGGUUAUGGAAACAUUGCUAAGCUUUGGCCAAGUUGAUAUUAAUGUUAUAUCGAGUUGCUCCAGAUAUACGCCACUCAUAUGUGCUGCCCAAGGUGGCCAUUCUGAGGCUGUCAAGCUUCUGUUGGACACUGGAAAUGCUGAUAUCAACGUCCAAACCACAUCAUUCUACUCUCCAUUCUGUUGGGGUCCUCGCUCUAAUGUCAAAUGUUCAAAUGAUACAACCUGGGUGUAUCCGAAAAGCAGGAUGGUGGGGUGGUUUGAGGAUAUUUUAUGUCCUGAUCCUGCAAUUGAUUCACUGAAACAAUUUAAAAUACCGUCACAUCUUGCAGCAGAUGGAAGAUUCGAUACGAAUGUUAGGGACGAAAGUCUCCGAAUGCUGCUCAUGCGUGCUGUAUCAGCAGGGAGGAAAGAUGUUGUCAGAUAUCUUCUAAACAAACGCGCACUUGUGGAGUUUCUCAUCAAUGCCGAAAACGCCAAUAUUGACAUAACAAACGAAGCAGAUAAGCAUGGUAGAGAUUUAUUGUCUCUUGCCGUCGAAUGGGGGAACGUUGAUACCGCCAAAUUCUAUCUCGAUACAGGGAAGUUUGAUGUCAAUACUAGGGACCACUACGGCCUCACGCCACUUAUGUUACGCACGAAAAAUGCCAUUAAAGGCCCUGAAAUAAUCCAGCUGUUGCUUAAUACCGGUAAUGUCGAUAUUGAUGCUACCGACUUUGAGUAUGGACGAACAGCGCUCUUGUGGGCAGCCUAUAACGGGUAUUUGGAAUCUUUUACAGCCUUAUUACAGACAGGCUGGUUUGAUAUUAACACGAGGGAUGUGUGCGGCUUUACCGCAUUUACAAUUGCUACCAACCGACAAAACACACGUAUCGUCGAAUUCUUGCUGGAUCUAGAUAAGGUUGAUCUCUAUACAAGGGACUAUAAGCACAAGAGAACGGCGCUUAUGUGGGCAGCUCAUACUGGCUGCAGCGAGGUUGUUGCCUUGCUAUUGAACUCUGGCAAAUUUGAUAUCGGCGAUGUGGAUGCAAAUGGUCUCGACGCAAUUGAGAUUGCAGCUAAGCGAGGAAAUCGAGAGAGUAUCAAGUUACUCAAAGAUGAGCGGGAUGCUCAGAUAAAACAGCCGUAG